AUUAAUUCCUCGUGAUGCUGCAUCUGUUCCCCCGAAACUGCCACCCACCUCCCUCUCCUCUUCUUUCCGACCACCACAUCAGCGAUGCCACAUCCGUCGCCCCCACACACCGUCUUUGUGGAUCUCUUAUAUAUACCGGGGUAUUAGUAAUUCCUGCACAUCACGGUCUCACCUGCCACUGGUCUCGGUCGACUCCACGCUGACCGCUGAUGGAAGUAGACGGGAGGGAGAUGCCCCGUUGCCGGACCACCGUGCUGCAGGAUCAGGAAUCCGAUGAAGCGGACGUCCCGAUGAUAUCACUCGAUGAGGAGGACGAGAUAGUAGAGGUGGAAGAAGAGGCGGUGGAGGAGGUGAUGAGGUGGCUGGAGCGAGAGAUGAGCGGGGCCACCGUGGGGCCGGGGGCAGGGCCGCAAGCGUUCGCGCAGGCCGACGGCGGCAGAGAGGAGACCUGCGGUGCCACUUUCUCGGACUCCUCGUCUACCGUGAUGGCCAGCGUCGACACGCGCGGGGUGGUGGCCGGUGUCUCCCGCUUCUGGCCCGCCCACUGGGCCGCGGAGCGCGAUGACGGCGGUGGUCGAUGGGUCGCAAGGACGGACUCGAACUCAGCGGGGGUAAUGGAGGAUGCGAAGGAGGUGGAGGAGGACGAGAUGGAGUGGUUGGCACGCGUGUUGGGUGGGGCGGAGCUGGAGCCGGGGCUGGAGCAGGACGAGAGCGGCGGCCUUCUCUUCCUGCCUCGGGAGGAGAAGUAGAAAGAGAAAGAUGUACUAUAAAUGAUCUCCACGCUAUAAAAUAUUACGUACAAAAACGAUCCCAUACCUCCUCAGGAUGUAAUAUAGUUGCAGGUUCCAUGGCGUCUUCGUUGAACUGAAACUCUGAAAGCAGCACAAAGCAUUUCAUACGAUGAAGAAAAGAAAUGGCAGCAGCAGUAACAGUUUGGGUCAGUGCUGGAAAACCCUUACCCAAACCUCUCCCUUGACGAACCAGAACCAGAACCUGGAGAGGGCAUCGGCGACGAGGAACGGAUGAAAAAUGGGCAGAAGGGGAACGAGGGCGAGAAGCUCGUUCUUCGUUUCGAUACAAACGAGGACAUGAGAUCGGCCGGCCGGGAAAGCAGAACAAGGGACGAAGACGCAAGACCAUCUGGCCACCAUUGACCAACCAAAAGCCAUAGAUGAGAAGGAUGAAAACCCUACAAUGCAAGACCCAUCCGGCCAUGGAUUACCGCACAAACGAAACAAGAAAUGAAAAAGGAAAACAUAGUUGCGAAGGCAGGAAGAAAGAGCAGUAGUGGGGACGAUUAGCCCAAGUCG